GCACUUCAGGAGGUAGAACCACAUGUCUGCAAAAUCAACAAAUCCAUAACCAAAGAAGUCGAAAACUGCUGAAUCAAUCCGAUGGGCAAUGUGAUCGGAACGCCAGAUCUGAACGCCAGAUCUCGACCUCCUUCCGAAGAUCGAUCAGAUCAAGCCCUAGAUCGAACACAUCUCAGCCAUUGAUGACGUCCUUCAGCAAUGCUAUCUGAUCUCAGAUCGGUUGUGAAGCACAGUAGGGAGAGGGAGAGGGAGAGAGAGAGAGAGAGGGGGAGAGGGAGUUGAGGACAACGUUUGGGUAGAGGCAGCCGUGUUUGGUAGGCGUGGGAGAGAGAGGAGAGGGUGUUUGGGCGGGAAUAAAACACAUCCCAACCAUUGAUAUAUAUUUGGGAUUGAUCUCAGCCAUUGGAUCAAAAUGUAUCUCACAUACAUUUUGAUACAUUUUUCAAAAAGCUUUGUGCCUUAUUAUAUAGAUAUAUAUAUAUAUAGUGAGAAUUGUAUCUAAAACCCCCAAAUGUUUCGCCUCUUGAUUCCAUUGAUUAAUAUGUGAAAAAUAAAAAAAAAAAUGUUUGCUUCUUCAAUUCUAUACAAUAAUUAUUCUUUGUACUGUGCAUUUUAGGUGUUUGAUUCUUUGUCUUUUGAAUUUUUUUUUUUUCAUAGAGAAUAUAUCUUGAAUGUUGUUAAUUGUGUGCGUGUGUAUGUGUGUUAGCAAAACCAUAAUCACAUGCUUUGAAUUAAUGUGCUCUGUGUUGUGAAGGGAGCAAAUGAAAAAGAUUUUACACUGGUGUUAGCUAUCCGGGGCAAAGUUAUUUCUUAUAAUGUCAAGUUCAAGACAUUGAAGGAGCUUCAUCAUUUAUCCACAGAUGAUCUUGAUGAUUGGGGAGCAAGUUGGUGUAAUAAUACUUAUCAAUUCAUUAAAAGCCUGUCACAUGUUUGAUCAUUAUCCUACAUAUUUCUACUUCUUUCUUCAGCAGAUGGUACAUGAGAUGGCAAUGGUUUCAGCUAUUCAGGAAGCUCAGAAGGAUAACCUUAGAAGUUUUAAUGAUUAUAUGAUGACAGUUUUGGAGGUUUCAUCUGGUCAAUCUAGUAUAGAGCUUCCACCUCUAGCUAAUAAGCCUGUCUAUGAGAAAAAAUCUGCAGCCUAUGCUGAAGUUUUUAAGAAUCUCAAUAAUGCAAGAGAGCGUAGUUUUUCGUUUAAAGUAAGGCCUUUAUUCUUAAUUUGUAACUUUAAAGUUCUUCUUGCUAUCAUCUUAAAACAUAUUCCUUUUUGUCUUUUCCUUCUCUCCUUGGUUCUUCAGAUGAAGCUUGUUAGAGGUUUGAUUGCUGGUUAGGUUUUAUUUUGGUUAUGUUGCUUAGUUGGAGUCUUGGGGGAGGUCGUGAGGCUCAUGCCACUACAGGAAAACAUA